AUGAUGAUAUCGGAUGGUAAAGAACGACCUGAGGGGUCAGUCUGUCAGACCGAAAGGGAGAAAAUCAAUGAGGAAGAUAUGUACGUAAAGGAGAACGAGAACUACAAGCACGAUAAGGGAGAGAAUCCAGAUGAAUAUGACCAAUAUGAUGACUAUAAAGGAAUCAGCUAUGGGGUAAUCUUAAAAAAAGUGGUUAGGAGGUGCAUAAAUGAUUGGUGUCUUUUUUGCGAAAGAGUAGACAACGACAAUGGUGAAAAUUACCAUAACCUUCGAAGUGCACUAAUACAAUACUGCAGGCAUAUGAGGGAAUGUUUUUUGAAAGUGUUAGAAUUAGAUGCAUUUCGAAAGUACUACAAAGAAAUAAAUGAAAUUGUUAAAGAACUUUUUGAAUAUAGAGAAAGUUAUAAGGAACUAAAAACCAAGUAUCAAUAUGAACUAUAUUUGUGUAAAUUAAAACUGAUGAAUUUACAAAUAAAUGAAAAUAACAUUCUAUGUGCCUUAGAUGUGUUAGCAACAGGUACGUAUACUAGAUUCCCUACACUUUUUAAAGAAAUUUUAAGUAAUCCAACAGAUUCUUUUAUCCCCAAUUUAAAUGUGAAUGAAAUAAAUAUUUUGAAAAAAAGAAUUGUUGAUGAGUUUUUAAUAAAUUAUUAUUCAUCAAGGAUACCAAAAAAUAAAGUUAAUUUUAUCUUUUCUGAUGGAUUUAUAGAACUAGAUAUAAUUAACGAAGUAAAGGUUUCAUUUAUUACCGAUUUUGUAACCUGGAAUAUGGUAAAAGCAGAUAUAUCAUUUCUUAAUCAAAUGAAUUUGCAUUCCUCUCACAAUGCAAAUCUUAUCAAUUUGCUGACCUACGCAGUUAUGCAGAAACUGCAAGAGUACCACGCGCCCCCCUCAUCUCGAACUCAAGAUGAAGCUCCUUCGAUAGAUAAACAGUUUAGAGAAACAUCAGGGGAAAAGCACUUUGAUGAUGCGAACGGGGUAUGUGAUUACGACAAGAUGCACAUCUUAUCGAAAUCUAUCGAUUCAGAUUAUGCUGACCAGAGGAGCGACUCAGAUUAUGCCGAUCAGAGGAGCGACUCAGAUUAUGCCGAUCAGAGGAGCGACUCAGAUUAUGGUGGCCAGAGGAACGGUUCAGAUUACUCAGAUCAAGAUAAUCAAAACCACAGAAGUGACGAUGAUAGCGGCGAAAGUGAUGACUUUCUGUUGCAAUCCGAAAAAAAGAGUAAAUAUAAGCAGAAAUAUUCCUCACGAAUGGGAAGAAUAGAACAACAUUAUCACAAGGAGAUGGAAAAGAGAACGAAGAGAGAAGAAUUGCCAUGCAAAGAUAUAUUAUACGAAAUUUACAAAGUAAGUCAUUUUUAUUGCAAUGUACAGAUUAUGGAAUUUUUCAAAGGGUGUAUUAAUCAGUACAACUCCUUUAAUUAUCGGAUAAAAAAAUUUUACAUUUUUAAAAAAUUUCGAAACAAUACAGUAGAAGUAACACCAUCUUGUUACAAUUACAACAUGAGUGAUAAGGAGGUAGUGCUUCACUUGGAUAUUCAUUUACACGAGUUUGAAUUGAGCAAAGGAAUAUAUGAAUUUUUUGAAAAAAUUCCUUUACAUGACAAAAAUAAUGAAAAAAAAAUUAUCUUAAAAUUUGUUUUAAAUAACGCAAAUGGAAAUAUAAAUGUAUUUCUGUGGCCUUUUAGUUUUUUUAAAAAAGAGAAAAAAGAAAAAUUAUCAUUUGACAGCAUUUUGUCUUAUUAUGAGUAUAUUUUUUGCCAUUUUUUAAAAAAGAGGAUGAAAAAACUCUUUGUCUUUGACCCUCAUUAUAUUCACUUGGAAAAUUGGCUAGCUCGUGUAUCCAAUUGUGUCACGUGUUUUUUGUUUUCCAUUCUGAAGGAAUUCUCCAUAAUGGAUGGUGUGAAGGGGGAUGUUAAAGGCGAAGCGGUAGAUAGUGUGGAAGAAUCUGUUGAUGGAAUGGAAGCAAGGAAAAAAAAACAUGGAAAGAAAAAAGGUACAGCUGACUUUGGAUCAGGGAGAAAGGGAUCACUAAUCUAUAAACCAUACUUUGAUAACCACGCGAGGGGAAGUGAAACCUCCUUCGAGAAUAACACAAUAGGAAUUCAUGAGUUGAUCCAAGACUACUUCUUCGAUCUGAGCUACAUCCGUGAGCAGAUAAGGAGUGUUAACGAGCAUGGAAUGAAAAAAAAAGGAAAAAAUAUCAAAGGGGGAGAAAAAGAAAAAAAUCUUCUGCAGGAUAAAGAAAAAGAGGCAGAGGAAAAAUUAUGCAAUGUAGGUAGAAGUAACCAUUUUGGAAAUUUACACAACAACAAAUACACGACGCCCUUAACAAAUCGAAUAAAAAUAAUAAGGAUAAAAAAGCGAAACUGGAAUUCAUACCUACUGAAAUACAUAUUUUAUGAACAGAAAAUUCAAUUAUUUUUAAAUAGACAAAGUGAAAAGUUUAUUUUCAUGUGCAAUUGGAAUAAGGCAUUCAUUAAUGUGAUCAGUCUUAACUAUGAUUUAAAGUUAAUGAUUUAUGUAAUAUACAUAUUGAAACGUUUUUCUCUUUAUGUAUACAUGUAUAAUGAAUUAAAAGAAAGAUUGAUUAAAAUAAAGGCAGGAAGAUUUUUCAAUUUUGAAUUUGCGAAUGAUGAAUUUUGUCCUUGUUUUCAUUUUUAUAAAUUAAAAUUACAUGACUUUUUAAAAAAAUACGACUACUCAUCGAAUAUUGUUUUAACCAAAUUCCUUCAAAGCUUUUUCUCAUUCAUUGAUUUUUAUUUUUAUCUACCUUACCGUGAAAAUUUUCAUAAAUCUCACUUUUCCAAUCUCAGACAAGAUGUCAUUGAGGAGAAGAAGUCUCAGGAAUUUGAAACAUAUAUCCGUGAAUUGAUCAAAAAAGGAGACAAAUAUGCGCGCGAAGCAAAGGGGGAAAAAUAUACAGAGGACGCAAAAGAGGAAAAAUAUGCAGAGGGCGCAAAAGAGGAAAAAUAUACAGAGGAUGCGAAAGUCGAAUUUGAUAAGCCAAACCAUAUGCAUCGCACAACAACAGGUAGUAGUAAAAUGGGAAGAAAUAAUCACGAUGAGCGAAGUCAUAUGUUUGAAAUGAUGAAUUUAGGCAGUUCUCAACAGAAAUUCGAAGGAAAUAUACCUAACGAGAGUAAUUAUCAUAAUAUGACUGAAAAAGGAGGAGAGAAAGAAACACAAGAUAAAUUCUCAUUUAGAAAAAAUUUCGUAACAAUUUUAUAUUUCACAAUUUACACUUAUGAUAACACACCUCUUCUCUUGUGCAUGAUGAUCGAAAGGGAUUACAUAUUUCACACAUAUAUUGUUAUAUCUUUUGAAAAUAAAAAAAUAAUUUCAGAAAAAAAUAAAACUGGUACGGAACAGAAGAAAAACAAAAAGGGAAAACUAUUUUUCACAAUACCCCUAAUACAUAGAACUUAUCCCAUUGGGGAAAAUAUUAAACAUUAUCUUAACAGUGUUCGUGAUUUAGUAAACAUAUUUUCAAAUAUGUUUUCCAAUUUGAGUAAGAUUUUACAGAUGAAUUACAAAUGUGCAGUUUUUUCCAAUCAGCUCUGUUUUUCCUCAUCUAAGGGAGGAUCAUCGUAUAGGAUCACGUCUUUUCAACGAAGCAAAUCAGAUACAGGAGUGGGGAAAAAGGUAGAAGGAGAAAAGAGCCAGACGAAAAGCGAAGGCGAGAGCACGAUUCGACUUGGCUAUGACAAGAUGUAUUUCCAUUUGAGAAAAGAAAGAAAGAAAAAUUUUCUUGAUUUGCAAUAUUUCAUUAAUAAGAAAAAGUUCACGAAUGAACAUACGGGGCAAGAUGAACGGAGUGGAACGAAAGAGAAAUAUCCACAUGACUACAUCAGCAACUACAUGCUGCAUCUAUCAUGUGCAGUAGAUGAGGAGGAGUACUACUUGAGUAAAGAAUAUAUGAACAGUCAGGUGAAAAACAAAUUUUCCUUUUUGAUCAGAAUACACACUAGUGGAUCCUUUUUUUUUAAAAUCCCAUUAAGAUGCAAGAGAUUUAUGAAGAUAAAAAAUUUAAAUGUGCUAAAAAACAAUGACGUAUCUUUUUUAUGUGCAAAUGUAGUGAUAAAUGCAAAAAUUCAGGAGAUAAAAAUGACCCAAGUGAGCGAAAAUCAAAGUGAUAUAUCGAAAGCCAAUUCAAAUGGGGAUGACACAUUCGAAAUGGGCAGCGAAGGUGAAAAGGAACGAACACGAGUUUCAAAAGAAAUAAAUUCUCAACACGAGAAAACAAGUAUAACCAAAGAUUGGGUUCAGCUAAAAAAAAUGUAUGUAGUAAUGAAAGACGAAUGUUCACCAAAAAACAUUUUGUACCUCUUUUCGGUUCUGAGCAAAAUAUUCUCAGUUAUGAAUAUUUUUACAGAACUUUAUUGUUUAGAAAAAAUAUUAUCCUCAGAUAUAUACAUCUCUAAUUGCCAUUUGAUGAAUAUCAGUGUUAUCCAUCAUUGUGGAUAUAACAGAGAAAUUGCGUGCUCAGUCAAUUUUAACAUUCUUAGCAAUGAUGAGACUCUGACAAAGGGAGAUGGUGAUGGUGGUUUCACUAGCAUCGCGACAUGUAAUAAGCAACAAAGUGAAAAAUCAGAGGACUCUUAUAAUGUAACCUUAGACAAGGAGAAGAAAAAUAACUUUUUAGCAUGCCCAAUAAGGACAAAUAAUAAUAAAAACUUGAUGAACAAAUAUAAGACGAAUGGGAAAAAAUAUAGCAAUUAUGAAAAUUGGGAUGAAGAGAACUUGAUAGAAAAAUUACUUUAUAUUGAUAUUUCAUUCAAUUCUCCUUAUGAAUGCAUUAAUAAAUUAUUUUUACGAGAGAAGAAGAAUUUUGAUCUGUAUAUAAAAAAGAAGAAAAGUAUUUUUAGACUUCUAAAAUUCAUAUUUUUAACCUUUGAAUUUCAUUACAAUUUUCACAUUUUAAUUAAUAAUACGAGUAACCAUUUGAAUAAAAUAAAUUUUUUACAUCAAAUGAAUUUUCUCCAUCAUUUCGAUUUUCACUAUGUUAAUCUCUUAACUGUCAUUUUGGCAUUUAAAUCUUUUAAAAAUGAAAAGAAGAACGGGCUCUUAUCUUUUUAUAUAAUACUUCACCCAGAGCACUUUUCCAAAAUUCUGAUUAUUCCGCACUAUGACACAGUUUACAUGAACAAACAUCACACGAGGGAAGUCUCCAUAAAAAAAUUUUUUAAAAAAGGGAGACAUUUAUUUCGGGAUUUGGAGAAGAUAAAUUAUUCACCUUUUCGAAGGAGUCCUGAUAUGGAUGGUGAAGAUGGGAAACGAGAUCAAGUAAUGCUUCAGGUGGAGAAACAAACAGAGGAGGGGACAAAAAACAGUGCUGGGAAAAGUGCUUUAUACAUUCAUUCGUGGGAAGAACCCAGAAAAAAUAAUCACAGGCAAGGCUUUUUUCCCGAUUUCGAAAAGCAUGUAAAUGUGAACAGCGGCCUGGAUAGAGACCAGACCAACGACCCGACCAGCGACCCAACAAAGCACCCAACCAACGACCCCAAUAGCACAUCGUUCGAGAAAGGAACAGGAGAUCAAGUACACUCCAAAAGAGCAGAAUCCUAUAUGAUGUACAGAAUGAACAACAGGAUUCCCCCAUGCAAUCGCAUAAAGAUUGACCAUAUGGAUGAAGAAGAGUUAUUUAUCUAUUUAUUUUUACAAUUUUGUGACAUCAUAAAUUUAAAAAGUACAAACUCAUGUGCAAACUACCCCUUGAGUCACAGCAAAUAUAGUAAUAAUGUACAUUCAUCAGGAGACAAUGACAUUUUUUUGGAAAAUACACAAGAAGAUAAAAUAUUUGGAGAUGGCAUAUUCAUGAAUGAUUUAAAAAUAUUCGAAGAAUAUGACAUGUUCAUAUUAAAUAUAAAAUACUUGUUUAAAAUAAAAAAUCAAAUUGUGUUAUCUGAAAUUUUUUUCGUCCCACCUAUUUUUCUCUACACUACACUGUAUACACUUGUAGACCACAUAAGAACGUUAAAAUAUUGGAUUCUUUUGAUAUAUGAACUUAGAGUUCAUUACUCAGAUAUUACUCUGACGAGUUCAGAGAUAGAUGACGUUUUUCAAUAUGUUACUGCUGUGAGGAAGCCAGGUACCCCAACAGUUACUCACGAGAAACCGUUAUCAAAAGGGACAGAUGAAAAAACUGAAGAAACAAAAAAUGAAGGAGAAGUAAACGCGGUAGAAAAGAUGAACUCCACAAGGGAUGGGCAAUCCGAUAUGAAUAAUCAAAGGGAGGGAAAAGUUGCUAAUAUGAAUACCUAUCUAAAGGAAGGUAGUGAGCAUGGUGAAAAUGGUAAAAAUGGUGAAAUAUUCAUACACCUUGUAUGGUUUAUGUAUAGCACCAAAGAUUUUCACCUGGAUACAUUGUCAUUUGGAGAGUGUAAAAAUCAUAAGAGAAAUUAUGAAUACUUUUUAUGCAGCAAGAAGGAGGUAAUUUCCGAACAUUUAUACGAAUCUAGUAAUGACCCAAACACGGGUCAGCAUAAAAAGAUAAAAAAGAGUGAAGAAGAUGGAAACGACAGCAUGAAAGGAAAUUCAUGUGACAAAAUAAAAUCAAUGGAAGAAACACAAAAUGGAAAAUAUGAAAAUGUAAGGACUAGUCUAAUCAAAACAAAGAGGGAACAAAGAACGACCAAUGAAAUGGGUAAAGAAUUUGUGAUAAACAAAAUGAACUUGGACAAAUUAAAAUAUAUGGUAAAUGCAUAUUCUCAUAUGAUUGAUGAUAUAUUUUUGAAAGAGAAAUCACAAAAAAUAUUGCUUGGGAAGGAUUUUAUAAAAAAAGCGUACGCCUUACGAAAUUUGGAGUUAAAAAGUGGGAACGUUUUAAGGAAAAGACGUGUGCAUAUUUGGGAUGAAAAAAAAAAUACAAAAGUGGACAACACUUAUGAGGAAGAAAAGGUUGAAUUUGACUUCGAAAUUGGAAGCGCAACGUCCCUUAAGAGGAAAAGAGAUACAUGGAAUGGUCAUCAGGAGGAGCAAAAUGAUUUUGAAAAUAUAUUUUUUUUUAAUGACGAAAAAGUUUUGAACAUGGACAAAAAUAAUUGUUCGAUAACACCUGACUGUUCAGGCGAAAACACUUACAAAUGGGACAUGCACUAUUUGACGAACUCAAUUGGGGUAUAUUUUGAAAACGUUGGAGAAAACGUGGAUGAACAAGAUUCUUGGUUUUAUUACGUCAGGAGAAGAAGGGGAAAUCAUAAUCAGGAAAAAGAGAGAAAAAGAAAUUUUAUUCUUGCAGAGGAAAAUAUCCUGAAAAUAAAUUCAAAAAUUAAUUCAGCCCUCAAUAUAAUUUACAAGUAUAUAAGAAUAUGGCUACUAAAAAUGAAGCACAUCAGUGUUAUUUCCUUUUUUCGCGUAAUCAAUGACAUAAUAACUGAUAAAAAGAAGAUUUUUGAACUGUCUUCUUUACUUUUCAAUUGCGUCCUGUCCUACCAAGAGCAUUUACAAUUUUGGAUGUUUCGAAAUAAAGAAAAUUUAUUAACGCCUUUUGUUGAAACUGAGUUUCUCAUUGAGGGGAUUGGCGAGCCUGCACCAGAGGAUGUGUUGUAUGGAAAAGAAGCAGAAAAAGCAUCCAUGAAAUGGAUCGAAUUGGUUGUUCCAUUGUUGAAAGAUGUUCAGGAAAAUUAUCUCAUUAAACAUAGGAACAACAAUUGCAUAAGAACAGUUAACCCUAAUUGUGAAAGAGAUGCAGAAGCUUGUGACCAAGGACCCCAUACUGACGACUUGGAAAUUCCAAGUAGAGAAAAAAAAAAUAUCGUCGUAGGACGAGGGAAUGGCAAUAGUCAAGAAGAGGAUUGCCAUUCAAAUUUCACUAAUGAUAAAAUGAUUAGCAUAAAUUAUAAAAUGUGGAGAUAUAUGCCAUUUCCUUUUAAAAAAAAUAUAUAUAAACAGGAAUUUCCAGACAUUUUAAACGAAACGAAUGAAAGUGUUCCUCUCACAUUCAAAAUACCAUCAUUGCUUCAAAUUAAGAAUUUAAAAGAGGUUUAUAUAAAUAAUGAACAGUUUGUUAAAUUUCUUAUGAAUAAUAAAAUCGAUUUGAAUAUUGCUCAUCAGCGUGUUAUGAAAAUUCUACAAAAAUACAAUCUGAUGGCAAAUUAUUCUCUUGUUGCUACUCAAACCAUCCUUCACAGUUCUACCUUUGAGUUGUUGUUAAAAGGGAAGAACAGCAAAACAGCAGAGGAUUCUACACCUCCUGUGUGA